CCGUAUUCCAGUGCCCUGAGGUCUCUGAGGUUUUGGUUGAUCGCGAUUAGAGAUUCUGUGAAGUUUCAUGGUGUCUCUAGAGAGCCCUUGGGCCAGAUCUUUUCUCCAGAGUCCAGAUCUUCCUAGCAGCUCUGCUUGAGUUCACAGAAUACUGAUAAGCUUCAGGCUCCCUAGAGAACAAGGAUUGCAACCCAGUUGGCCAUGCCAGCUAAUUGGACCUCACACCAGAGAUCCCCAGUCCUGUCUCCAGAGGAUCAUAACAGCUCAUAUGAGGGAUCUGUGUCAUUAAGGGAUGUGGCUAUAGAUUUCAGCAGAGAGGAAUGGCAGCACCUUGACCCUUCUCAGAGAAACCUCUACUGGGAUGUGAUGCUGGAGACCUACAGACACCUGCUCUCAGUAGGAUAUCAAGUUCCCAAAGAAGAGGUUGUAAUGUUGGAACAAGGAAAGGAACCAUGGGCAUUGCAGGGUAAGAAUCUACAUCAGAGCUGUCCAGGACAGAAAUUAUGGGACCAUAAUCAAUGUGGAAAAAUUGUCAGUUAUAAACAAGCAUUCUCUCAACGUCAGAAAAUUCAUCCUGGGGAGAAAUCUUAUAAAUGUGCUGAAUUUGGAAAGAUCUUCACUCAGAGGUCACAGCUAAAAGUACAUCUGAAAGUUCAUACGGGAGAAAAACUCUAUGUAUGUAUUGAAUGUGGGAAGGCUUUUGUAGAGAAGCUUGAAUUCAUUACACAUCAAAGAACUCAUACUAGAGAAAAGCCCUAUAAAUGCAGUGAAUGUGGAAAAUCCUUUUUCCAAGUAUCUUCUCUCUUCCGGCAUCAGAGGAUUCAUACCGGAGAAAAACUCUAUCAAUGCAGUCAAUGUGGAAAAGGCUUCUCUUAUAACUCGGAUCUCAGUAUACAUGAGAAAAUUCAUACUGGAGAGAGACAUCAUGAAUGCAGUGAUUGUGGAAAAGCAUUCACACAAAAGUCCACACUCAAGAUGCAUCAGAAAAUUCAUACAGGUGAGAGAUCCUACAUAUGUAUUGAAUGUGGACAGGCCUUCAUACAGAAGACACACUUAAUUGCACACCGAAGAAUUCAUACUGGAGAAAAACCAUAUGAAUGCAGUAACUGUGGGAAAUCUUUCAUUUCCAAGUCACAACUUCAGGUACAUCAACGAAUUCACACAAGAGUAAAGCCAUAUGUAUGUACUCAGUAUGACAAGUUCUUUAAUAAUAGCUCCAACCUCAUGACACAUAAAAAAGUUCAAAUUAGAGAGAAAUCUUCCAUAUGUACAGAAUGUGGGAAGGCAUUUACUUACAGGUCGGAGUUGAUUAUACAUCAGAGAAUUCACACUGGAGAGAAGCCUUAUGGGUGCAGUGACUGUGGAAAAGCCUUCACUCAGAAGUCAGCACUCACAGUGCAUCAGAGAAUUCAUACGGGAGAAAAAUCAUAUGUGUGCAUGAAAUGUGGAUUGGCCUUCAUCCAGAAGGCACACUUGAUUGCACAUCAAAUAAUUCAUACUGGAGAGAAACCUUAUAAAUGUGGUCACUGUGGAAAAUUCUUUACUUCCAAGUCACAACUCCAUGUGCAUAAACGAAUUCACACAGGAGAAAAACCCUAUAUGUGCAGUAAAUGUGGGAAGGCAUUCACCAACAGGUCAAAUCUCAUUACACAUCAGAAAACUCAUACAGGAGAGAAAGCCUAUAUAUGCUCUAAAUGUGGAAAGGCCUUCACUCAGAGGUCAGACUUGAUUACACAUCAGAGAAUCCAUACUGGAGAGAAACCUUAUGCAUGCAGUACCUGUGGAAAAGCCUUCACCCAGAAAUCACAUCUCAAUAUACACCAGAAAAUUCAUACUGGAGAGAGACAAUAUGAAUGCCAUGAAUGUGGGAAAGCCUUCAACCAGAAAUCAAUACUCAUUGUGCAUCAGAAGAUUCACACAGGAGAGAAACCUUAUGUAUGCACUGAGUGUGGAAGAGCCUUCAUCCGGAAGUCAAACUUUAUUACUCACCAGAGAAUUCACACUGGAGAGAAACCUUAUGAAUGCAGUGAUUGUGGAAAAUCCUUCACCUCCAAGUCUCAGCUCCUGGUGCAUCAGCCAAUUCACACAGGAGAGAAACCCUAUGUGUGUGCUGAGUGUGGGAAAGCCUUUAGUGGCAGGUCUAAUCUCAGUAAACACCAGAAAACUCAUACAGGAGAAAAGCCCUACAUGUGCUCUGAAUGUGGGAAGACUUUCAGACAGAAGUCAGAGUUGAUUACACAUCAUAGAAUUCAUACUGGGGAGAAACCUUAUGAAUGCAGUGACUGUGGGAAAUCUUUCACCAAGAAAUCACAGCUCCAAGUGCAUCAGCGAAUUCACACAGGAGAGAAGCCUUAUGUGUGUGCUGAGUGUGGGAAGGCCUUUACUGACAGGUCAAAUUUGAAUAAACACCAGACAACACACACUGGAGACAAACCCUACAAGUGUGCAGUCUGUGGGAAAGGUUUUGUUCAGAAAUCGGUGCUCAACAUGCAUCAGAGUAUUCACACUUGAGAUAAAGAGAGUGAGAAAACCUCAUUGAGGACAGGUUUGAUUGUACAUUUUUGAAUCCAUGCAAAAGACUAUUAUUUUAAGUAGAAAUGUCCACACUAAAAUGUCACACAUGACUGUUCAGAAGAUGAUAUCUGAGAAUGCACUGAAUGAGGAGAGGGAAACUUCCCAAAUUGUCAUCAGCCUAAUUAAACCUUGGGACAUUCAUAAUGAGAAGGAACUGAAUCAGUUAGGUCCAUUAGAAAAAGCCUUCUCAUGAAAACUAUGAUGGAACACUGUUACCAAAUUCUUCAUAAGAAAGAUUAUAUUAUGUUAAUGAUAAUCCUGUUUCCUGCGGAAUAGUUAUGGUACCAACAAAUUGAAUGGCAAAACAACACAAUAUAUAUGGUAGUGAUAAAUCCUAGGUUUUGUGAGUUGUUUGUUACAGAACAAAUUGUCUAACAGAAUCUUGGGUGAUUUUUCAUCCUUUUGCAUCUAACUCAGUUGUGUGCAUCUAAUCCCCCAUUGAAUAUUUUUAUCAAAAAAGAGAUACU